AUGGUGUGCAUUAGUUGCUUUAUGUGGCCAGUUUUAUUUUUGCUGUGGUACAAAUUUAUCUAUCCCAUUGCCAUGAGAAUAUGGAGUGCAAAACCCGUAGAAAAUGUCAAAAACAAUACAAAUUUGAAAAAUAACGAAAAUGAUAAAAAUUGGAAUUGUGAUUCUAAAUAUCAAGACCUGAGUUCGAGUAGUGUUGAAUCAUUGGAAAAAUUAGAUUAA